UUCAUCCCAACCCUACUCUACAUACCAAGAGUCAAGAGAGGAUCGGAGUUUCUUUACUUACUACUAUAUAUACAUUGGGAUAUGGUGUUUCUGGUUUCCAUGUAGUCAACAUCUGCCGUGUGAGGAAGGGAAGAAGGAGAAGAAGAAACAAGCUAAGGUCAAAACACAACACACAACAUGGAAUGGAAUGGCUGCAAUAAUAAUAAUCUUACAAGACCCUUUGUUCCUCGUCCACCUCUUCCUUCAGAUAAUGCUUCUUUCAGCUUCCUCUACACCUACAAUUAUGACCAGUUUCCAGGUAUAGACAUGAAGAGUAGUUCAUCGUCAUCAGUGCAGGGUGAGGGGGCACAGUUUAUGGGUGGCAUAGAGAAGAACGGGCUGGGAAGCCAUGACAAGAAGAAGAGGCUGACGACGGAGCAGUUAGAUGCGCUGGAGAAGAGCUUUGAGGAGGAGAUAAAGUUGGAUCCAGAGCGGAAGAUGAGGCUGGCUAAGGAGUUGGGACUGCAUCCCAGGCAAAUCGCGGUGUGGUUCCAGAACAGACGGGCCAGGUGGAAGGCUAAGCAGCUCGAGCGCCUCUGCGAUUCCCUCAAGCAUGAAUUCGAACUUGUUUCAAGAGAGAAGCAGAAGCUCGAAGAGGAGGUAGUGGCAUUGAGAUCAAUACUGAGAGACGAAGCAACAAAGAAGCAGGUGUCGACGACAGGGCACACAGAAAUGUCAGGAGAAGAGACAGUGGAAAGCACAUCAAUCCCAAGUUGCAACUAUAAUAACAUGUUUAACGUUGACGACUGUACUACGCUCAUGCCGCCACCUUAUUGGCCAAAUCUGCCUUCUACUUAUCCGUGACGACACUACAAUUUUGAGUUCAAUUCCAUCUUCUCAUCUAGUGGUUGAAGUAGCUACACCUCGUAAUCAUGUCGUUAAUUACUUGCUCAACUGCUUUAAUUUUAACUCUUUUUUGCUAGCUGCAUGUAAUCGUGUCUGAUCUUCUCCUUGUUAUUCUUUUGCUUAUGCUUAUUGUUGCCAUUGUUUUGUUAUGAUGUCUGCUAAUAAUCAUAUCAGCACUGAUUUUAUUCA